AUGGUCGCAAACUGUCGGUUGGCGAGGUCAAUGAAUGUAGAAAUAUAUUCACGACGACUGGAAACAUUUCGAGUUACUGAGAGCAUCAGUCGUCAACCUGGUGUACCAACUAGGUCUUACGGAGUUGAUCUCCGGAACCGACGGUGCGAGUGCAGAAGGUUCGAAACACUUCAUUAUCCCUGUGCGCAUGUCAUGGCAGCGUGUGCUAAAGUUAACGUCAAUGUUGAACAAUAUGUCGAUGAUGUGUACACGCUGGAGCGCACAUUGCGUGUCUGGGAAAAUGAGUUCCCCGUCUUGCCUGACCUAUCAACGUGGGAGGUGCCUUUGACGACUUUCGAGCUUCUCCCAGACAGAGGGCUGCGGAGGAAUCCGAGAGGUCGUUCGCAGUCAAGCAGAAUCCGUAAUGAAAUGGACAUCAGGGAGAAGUCUGACGUAAAGCGUUGUGGAAUAUGCAGGUUAAGUGGUCAUAGUCGGAAUAAAUGCCCUAACCGAAACUUUCAUGUUGGACAGUCGUCCGGAUCGGGUCGUAAUUGA